UGUGAUGUGUGUGAGUGACGUUUGAAUUAGUCGACAAAUUGGACGAGUUUCUUUCAUUUUGCUGAUAAUUGAUGCUCGUUGAAUUUUUGAAUUCAAUCGUCUUUCAUUUGAUUAUGGCAACUAUCGAUAAUUCAACAUGGAUUGGUCAUAUAAAAUCCUAUUUAUCUCAAUCACAAUUUUACAUUGUAAAUCGUUCAUCAAACAUUCGAACUUGUGAUGGCAAUGAUGCAAUCAUUAGUGAAAAUGAUGAUUCGAAAAAUUCCAUCGUUGAUGAAAAUAAUGUCAACAAAAUCAAUGGCAUUCUGGACAAAAUCAAUGAUGAAAUGAAAAUCAAUAAUUCAGAUAUCAAGAUGAAUGAUGAAAUUCCAAUAGCUGAAUGUAAUGGAUCAAUGCCAAUUGAAUCAGAUCAGAAAAAAUCGAUUGAACCAGUUAUACCAUUGGCAACUGAUAGUGCUGAUAAUUUAAUGGUUACCAAUAACACUCUUGAAACAAUAAAUGAACAAUCGAUCCCCACGAUGGCCAUUGGUAGUGAUGAUGCUAAAAACUUUGAUGACAUUGAUAAUAAUGGAUACAAGUUUCAUAUUCUACCGAAAAAUGACCAAAAACCUGUAACCAUUAUCGUAUCGGAUAAAGAAGUUGGCAUAAAAAUCGAUCAUUUUCUCCAUCAAUUUGGUUUCGAAGAUUAUAUGAUGAUUGCCAAAGAUAAACAGAUUAUCACCGAUCAAUCUGGUGAUAAUAGCCCACAAUCGGAAGCAAUUAUCCGUUAUGAUCGAGAUUUUCUUAUUCAAUUACAAACAAACAACAGUGAAGAUUAUCUAGAUAAUUUGUUGAAAUCACCAUUCACAGAAAAUUUAUUUGGUUCUCAUUUAAAUUUAUUUCGUUUUCAUCAUUAGAUAGUGUUUGUUUCAAUUUUUUUGUUGU